GGGCGGUGAGGCGGGUGUGACGUGGUGGCGUGUGGUGACCGGACUGGACCGGCAGCGGCGCGAGCUAAGCGACGGACACGGACGGCGUGACAGACGCACAGGAGGACGGGAGGACGCCGGGAGGACGGGAGGACGCCACGGCGGCAGAACAAGUACAGUGCUGGUGGCACUGGGGCGCUCGGUGCUUCGUGGGUCGAUGCGUAGGCCGGAGGGCUCGCUGGGACGGCCUCGGACGCCAUCCGUCCAGUAGCGUCCCAGUCCAGACGCCUGCUUGGAGGCCCGGCCAGCUCUCCUGCUAACCGCUAGUCGCACGAUGCAGCUACACAGAGGUGUCAGGACGUUCCAGUUGAUCGCAGGGCUGUUCCUGUUCCUCAUCUGCGUACAUGGGCGACGGAAAUACCCCCCGAAGGUGCACGCGAUGGUGCAGGAGCAUCUGGCACGCCGCCAGUGGGGUUCUCAGCUGGGCGAGUGGUCGGGCUGGGGCGGCUGGUCGCCUUGCUCACUCUCCUGCGGCGGAGGCGUCACCACCCAGACGCGCCACUGUCUGCAGAGCGCCAACAGCACCACCAGCGGGCCGCGCCGGCGGCUCAGAACUUCGCAGUGUAUCGGCAUAUUCAGGCGCUUCCACAUCUGCAGCGAGCGGGACUGCCCGGGACCGGCGACAGAUUUGCGAGAAGAACAAUGCACCAAGUUCAACAAGAAGCCAUACAACUCUAAGCUCUACAGGUGGCGACCCCACUACAGCACCGCCCGGCCCUGCUCGCUCACCUGCAGCCUGCCGGCCGCUCGUUCUACGUCACGCUGCGCCGCCGAGUCCGUGAUGGUACACGCUGCAACCCGGACGGGGGCGAGGACCGGGACGACCACGUCUGCGCCGCCGGACUCUGUCAGCUGA